AUGCAGCGCCGAACCGCCUGCCCUGACAGCGGACAGUGCUUGGGCAGCAACCUGGCUGCCUUCCUCACAGAGUUUGUGGACUCUCAUGGGGGAGGGAGCCCAGCAGGCCCUCGAGGUGCUGGAUGGUCUGACCAGAACUGGAACGUCUCUGAUCUGUGGAUGCCACCAGCCUCAGCCACCGGGGGUCAUCACCCUACUGCCUGGAAUGCAGCUCAUGGGGAACAGCAGUGGAGGCUGGAGGCCGCGCUCUCGUUCCUGACCACCAGUCUGCGAUGUUCUGACUGCAAAUCCUGUGAAAAGCUUUUAACUUGA